AAAUAAAAUCGUAAAUACAAAAAAGUAGAACCUGCACUGCAAGUGUAAUUAGAAUUCUGUACAUCUACAAAUAUUACACAUAGAUUAAACUGAAUUUUUCAUCGUAUUCACGAUAUUAAAGACUUAAAACCAAUUUAAAAAUGUCGUUCUUGGUAAAACACUGUGUUCGAAGGGUAUUAGCUCCAGCAGUGGCAAUAUCAAAAAAAUCAUCUUUUUCCACAACUUCUGCCAUCUUUGCUCCAAGAGUACAAAAGCCUGCCCCCGACUUUUCCGCUACAGCGGUAGUAAAUGGAGAAUUCAAUCAGUUGAAACUUGCUGAUUUUAAUGGAAAAUAUGUUGUUCUCGUCUUUUACCCAUUGGACUUCACAUUUGUAUGCCCAACUGAACUAAUAGCAUUCAGUGACAGGUCGAAAGAUUUCGCCAGUAUUGAUUGUCAAGUAAUCGGCGUCUCAACUGAUUCGGAAUUCAGCCAUCUUGCUUGGAUUAAUACACCACGAAAGGAUGGAGGCUUAGGAAAACUAGAUAUACCCUUAUUGGCGGAUUACCAAAAGAAAAUGUCUCAAGAUUACGAAGUGCUGCUGGAAAGUGGAUUUGCCUUACGUGGUCUAUUCAUAAUUGACAGAAAUGGAAUACUGAGACAUAUGUCAGUGAAUGAUUUGCCUGUCGGCCGUUCAGUAGAAGAAACCCUUAGAUUGGUUAAAGCAUUCCAAUUUGCCGACAAGCACGGAGAAGUGUGCCCAGCUAACUGGAAUCCCGACUCGAAUGCUGAUACAAUCAAACCAAACCCCAAGGGCAGCAAGGAAUACUUCCAAAAAGCCAACUAAGGCAAACCAUAAUAAAGAUAUUAAUUAUUGAUAGAAACCAAAAAUAAGUGAAACUUAUUUUGUCAUAAGAUUAAAUGUAUGUAACAUGAUAUUGUUGUCACAGAUAAAAAAUAUGUAUUGUAAACAAAUUUGAAAAAGUUUCAAAACAUUGCCAUAAUGUCACAGGUAAAUGACAUUAUAUAGUCAUAUUAAAACUUAAUUUUUAAUAACUCUUGUUUAUAAUUUUGUUAGAAUUGUAAAGAAGCAUUUUAUUAUUAUUAAAAAAAACAGCGUUUGCUGAAAAUUUUAAUAAAUAGGUUUUAAAAUCGAA